AUGAUCCGGGUUGCCAUAGGCGGAAAAUCAAAAGCCUUAUUGAAUCAUUUGAACUCAAACCCUCCAGAAAAAAAUAGUGAAACAUUCGAGCAGUGGGAACAAGAUGAUUUAGUUGUGUUUUCGUGGCUUAUACAAAAUAUCGAACCGGCGCUUGCUAGCAACCUUACCGAGUUUCCCACAGCGAAAUCGUUGUGGGAUGCUCUGGUAGUCACAUACAGCAGCGGUAGAGACAAGUUGCAGACAUUCAACCUUCAUGUUAAAGCAAACGACAUCAAACAAAACGACACUUCUCUUGAGGAAUUCUGGAUUACCUUGCAAGGUAUUUGGGGAGAAAUCGACAGAAAGUGUCCAGAAGAUAUUCAAACCUACUCGAAAAUCAGGUCUGAACAGAAACUUUUUCAAUUUCUAAAUGCCUUAGAUAGAAAAUAUGAUCCCAUUAAAAGGGAAUUGCUCCGAUUAGACCCUCUCCCAUCUGCAGAAGCGGCAUACGCUGCUGUCCGAAAAGAAGCCGCUCACCAGAAUAUUCUGGGAGCAACUCUCAGUGAAACGCAGGGUAUAGGAGCAGGUCUGGUUGCCACCGAAAAAGAGGGAUUAGGGCUCAUAUCAAAGGGUCGGCGGUUCGAUGGCAAGAAGAAUGGACCACCAGUAAAAGAAGACAAAUCUCACCUGAAGUGUGAUCACUGUGGUAUGACAAAGCACACCAAAGAACAUUGUUUCAGGCUCGUCGGUUACCCAGAGUGGUGGUCCGAUGGCCACAAAAAGGGCACCAAAACUGCGGGAGCAGAAAAGGGUAAAGCAUCUGCCGCGGUGGGCAACAAUCAUGCCGCCAACACCAGCGACGGUGAUCGGAAUGAUACUGGAUUUGAAGGUCUAGCGGCGGCAGCAGAUGGAGAAGAAGGCGUAUUCUCUAUGACCACAGGUACAGGGCUUGUGAGAAAUAUCUUGCAAACCCCUUCUUAUCUUCAAUGUAAUUACAAAUUGCCCCUUGAAGAAUUAGAAUGUUUAAAGGUCACGAGUUUUGUUCCUUACAUACUAGAAAGUUUUGUAAAUUGCAAAAAGUACCCAAAAUGUACUGGCAUGGCUAAUGUGGCUCAAAAAUAUAAUAAAAGAUGGGAACAGUCAUGGAUAUUUGACUGUGGAGCAACUGAUACCAUGACCUACGACCCAUCAAACUUUGCCACAUCAACCAAACCUACAAAAUCAUAUAUACAAACGGCAAACAUAGAAAAUAUGAAUGUGAAAUACGGGGGAACCAUCGAAAUUUCUCCCAUGCUUAAGCUCUCUAAUUGCCUCUACGUUCCCUCCUUGUCACAUAAACUUCUAUCAAUAAGUCAUGUAACAAAGGAGUUGAAUUGCUCAGUUCUCAUGCAACCCACAUUUUGUAUCUUACAGGAUAUCAGGACGGGAGCGAUCAUUGGGCGUGGCACUGAAAGACAAGGGUUAUAUUACGUGGAUGAGGUGACUCAGAAUGGUGCUGUAUUGCUUUCUCAUGGAACAGCAGAACGUGAAGCCUGGCUAUGGCAUAGAAGAUUGGGGCAUCCAUCUACGGGUUAUUUGCAUGUUUUAUUUCCUAAGUUAUCUACUUCCCAAUAUGAAACUUUUUUUCCAAACCAAGGGCAUAAUUCACCAAACUACUUGCCCUCAUACCCCAGAACAGAAUGGUGUCGCGGAACGAAAGAACCGCAUUCUAUUAGAGAUAACUCGGGCCCUCUUAAUAGAAUCACAAGUUCCAAAGGUAUUCUGGCCAGAAGCUCUUGCGACUGCCUCUUACCUCAUUAA